CCUUCCAUUUCCCCACGUAGACAUCAUUGACCCUGCACAGAAACGAUCGCCCGGUUUCGAAACGGCAGCCCGUGCGCUCAACCCGUGAUUGGCCAAGUGUUUUUGGUGGUCGGCCUGCGCAAUGCUACCAAAUCUCCGCAGACUCCCCACUCGUCCUCGUAUUCCAAUUUCGCAGCCUAUCAUCAUUUUGCUUUGCUUGACCGUACGUAUAAAAACUCCGUGCGAUCGGACUCCAACGCCCUUCUCCACUAGGCGCAAUACCAACCCUGGGGGACCGUGUUUCUGGGAGGGUGUCUGGGCAAACCUCUCUUAUAUAUCUGACGAACUCCUCAAUUUCUGCACUGCUGCCGCCUGCACUUUCUACCUGUACAGUCCUUCCUUGGUUCUUGUUUCGAACCUGUCCAUUCUUUACUCCUGAACAUAUCUGCCAAGCCUCGUACGUUCUAAAUCAAGAACAACCUUUCGCUACUGCCCGUGUACCCACCUUCGCCUCUGUGUGAAACACAACUGAGUACAGACAUGUAAGUGACAAAGCUACCAGGUGACAUCAUUAAUACACGUUUGGUCAUCGCCCUCUGCGUUAUGACUGCCUCCUCUGUAGCUAGUUUAUUAAUAAAUGACCCUGCAGCGGCUAAAUACAUAAUUCACGGCCCUAGCCACAUCUGUUUUCCCACCGUCCGCCUCAACAACACCAACAUCACAACCCGCCACCACGAUGCUCGCCAAAAUCGUUGUCAGCGCUCUUCUCGGCGUAGCCACCGCCUCACCCCUCGUCGUUCGCGCUGGAAGUUGGUCGCCGCUUCCCGGCACAACCGCGACAUGCGGUGAUCAGGAGAAAUACAUGUCGCUGGUGAUCGGCCCCGAGGACGCCAAAUCCAUUCUCACCCACUCGUGCGCCGAAUUCAUGCCACGCUGUGCAUACCGCGCCGAGAACAAUGUUCCCGAAGACGCUUUCUGCUCUACCACCAACAUCUACCCCCUCGAUGAGCCAAAGAACAUCACUCUGCCUGUUCUCGUGGAGCAAGCGGGCAACAAGCUCGCCCAUUGGGCUGUCAACUUCUUCGUCAUUCCGAAGAAACAGACAGAUCCAAACUUUCCCGACUCCGUUUUCUGGUCCACCAGUGACUGCGAAGGUUACAUCAACCAGCUUGUCCAGAAAGCUAGCCCGGAAGGCUGCAAUAUCCCGGGAAUCGGGCCAGGUGCUGGUAACUUGACCGUUGGCGCUCCUACUGAAGGCACCAAUACUUUGACAGGAACUGUUGUUGGCGUCAAAUUCGUUGAGAAGCAGUAG